CUGCGAAAUGCAUGUUUGCCCUUGACUCCAGCACGUGCUAUUGGCCACAGGCUGGAUUGAAGCCUUGUCAUGGCAAUGGUCGGCGUUGUCAAGUGCUACACGCUUGCAGCUUGACUACUGUAUACACAGUCUAGCUUCAGAUAAUACCGGCACAUCAGUUGCCGGUUGAGACUCUGAGACUAGGCUGAUAUGGCAGGUCGUCAGGGGUUCAGAUGCCAGAAACGAGCAUAAAAGCCAGUCUCGCACCGCAAGACUCUGAUCUGGGUAUCAGCAACUCUCUAAACCAGUCAACCAACUCACAACUAAGAUCUCCUUCUUCUGUCAUCAUGUCUCGACUUCCACCUGCUGAGAAACUACCCCUUGCUGUCCGCAAGAACAUCCGAGACAGCUGGGAGAACACCAAGGAGGACCACGAAAAGAAGCUCUCAGAGACUCUUGGUCAGCCAUGGACUAUCAACAUUGAUCCCAAAGCCCUCUAUCCUUAUGCCGAAGAGGGUUCCUGGGGCCACACCUCCAUGGGUGAUCUCAUUGUCAGCUAUGUUGAGGGCGUUGAAUAUCAAUUGAAGUACUUCAUUGAACAAAAUGGAGAUGGGGCUAAGGAUGAGAUCAACGAAAUCUGCUCCGGCCAUGUCCUGACCAUGGACUUUGAUGAGAAGAACACUGUUUCUUACUGCGGAACCAAGGUUGGUCCUGAGGGUGAACUCAUCAUCCUCUUCACCAAGGGCAACUUGGGUACCAACACCAACUAUGCUGCUGACACCAACAAUCUCACCAAGGCCUUGAACGAGGCUCCUUCUACUGUUCGACCCAUGAGCUUUGUUGCCAGGGCCUCUAUCAGGAGCGACUAUGACCCCAACGUUCAGCAGAUCCAGGAGAAGCUGAACAAGAUCCUCGGUCAAGAGAUCACCAUCGUGCCUAACUUUGAAGCUAACUUUGAAAAGCUCAAGGGCAAGGCUAGUGCUGAUAGCGGUUGGGAGCAAAACUUUGGAAGAUCUCAUUUCUCCUAUCUUGAAGGCUUGGUCUCGCAGCUUGAGUAUGACAAGUUCGGUGAGGAUGAUAUGCUUCAGGAGGGACUCCUCGAGGCCAUGGACAAGCAUGCUGUUCAUGUCCGCGUUGUAGACAAGACCAAGAGGUCCUACAACGAGACUGUCAUAGAAGAUGGUAUUCUCUACCUUCAGACUACCCCUUCAGACUUUGGUGUUAACGUUCAUCAAAUUUCAAAUGAUAUUGUCAAUAUCCUGUAGACUAGAGGGGCCUCCAUAGCUUACACUAGACAAGGACAUAUCUAUUAAAGGAAUUAAUACAUGGUUCUCGGGCGUAUCAUUUAACCAGCGUGCUGAAGUUUAAGAAAUCCGAAUAUAGUACGAUAAUCAGAACGGUAGAGUGACAAAGUGUUUAUAGUGAUCAUGUAUAAUGCACAG